AUGGAUAAAGAAAUUGACUAUCUUUUAACAAAAGCUGACUUGAGCAAUUACACAGACAAUUUUAAACAAAUUGGUGUUGCAAAGGUCGAGCAUUUCCUGGACGUCGAUGACGAAACUCUUGAGCGAGACAUUGGACUAACGAAGAUACAAACUCGCCGUCUGAGGCGUUUCUUCGCUCAGAUACAAGGCGAAUCAAAGCAAAGAGGAACAAGCAGUGAAGGUAUUGAGUUAUCGUUUCUUAGAUGAUUAUUUUGAAGGCCUCUAUAAAAUAAUUGGCUUGUGCUUCAAACCAGCCAUGAACAAAAACGUAAGGCAACAUGGUGCAUAAUUUGUAACGCAAUCCUUAACAAACAUUUAUUAUGUGAUCGGUAGGUGUUACGUCCGCCAGUGCUCCCAAGAAGCGCAAGCAGGCGAUUUUGUCAUUUGGACGCUCCGGGCAACUACAAGUCCUGAGGAACGACUCAGCACCAGAAAAGAAGCCGUGGGAAAAAUAUCUUCUUCCCAACCCACACACAGAAAGGCUGAAAUUCUACAAUAGUGUUGUACCGCAGAUUUAUGAAUCUUCAUUCGUGAGUAAACAAGCCGGUUUCAAACAGUAUCUCCUCGAGCAACAGCAAAUGCGUUGGCAGUUAAACACAAAGAUAAAAGCCCUUUCCGAUAAAGAAAACAACUUGCUUAGAAACGAGAAUUGGGGAGUGUGCCAAAACAUCAUGAAGUUCAUGUCAGGCGUGGAUGGAUGUAAGGGCAGUGGUGAUGUCGCGAAGUGUGAGUCCUCCUUGACCACUGUCAAUGAGGCCUUUAAUUCAGCAUCCGAUUUGCUCUCAUUUAUCGACAACAGACGAAAGAACCUUUAUACAGAAGAGCAUACCUUAAGGUCGUUUGCAAGUGAUGAGCUCAAAUAUUUCCAGGAAGCUCAAGAGCGAGUGAAGGCCAUACACCAAGAGCUGCAGAAAGCCUCCAAUGCGCUCACGACCACCCUCAUGAGCUUGAAGAGAAAGUUCCCAUCUCCCAUGGGGAACAACGGCCAAUCCCGAAGAAAAAAAAAAGAAAACAAGAGAAAAGUGAAAAAAAUCAAGGAGAAAAGGUUGCAUCAGCGAGCAGCAAUUCUAGAAAAAACUUACCUCAAAAAGAGGUAG